CCCUCGACAAGCAGGGAAAGCCCCGGAGCCUACAUUCCUACUCCCUUGUGCUAGCUUCACUGGGCAUGGGAGAAGUAACUUAGCUUACAACUUAAGCAAAGCCUGUGGGAGGUUCCUGAGCUCAGCUUGAAGAGAAAGGGGAUAUUUUUUGCCUUCUAGAGGAAGAAAACUCAUUUUCCCAAUGCACCUCCACUCCCUCCUCCUGUACGGAGGAGCUUAAUUUUCUUCCCCUCCUAAUGAAGACGGAUCAAAGCCAAGCUAUAUAUUCGAGGGGGAGCCAGGCAGGGGAGCUGAGUGAAGGGGCGAGGGGGCAGAGACAGAGCUUCUCUCAUGGAGAGGAAGUAAUUAAUUUUAAGAGAGAGCAAAGGUAGGGAGGCCCUUGGUAACAGAAUGUCAAACUCCAAAUGCAGGUGGCUAAAAAUUAAGUCGGAGCACGGAGGGUUUCUUUUGUUCGUUCAUUCAUUUGCUCGUUGGUCCAACAAAUAUUUAUUAGGCGCCUACUGUGCACAGGCAGAGACCUCAAGCUGGCACCAGAGGAGGGCCCAGAUUCCCACAACCAUAGCAGGGCUCAAAUAAUUAGGCUGGGCCAGAGAGAGGUGGGAUCUGGCAACCGAAGGCUCUUGUCACCAUUUGCAAAAGUACCGCUAAAUGGUUGAAUAUAUUGACCGUUUGGAUUUAGGAUUAGUUGCCUCAACAUCAGUAGCUGUUGAACCCAGCUCUCGCCAGCCGGCUUGUCUUGUCACAGUUAAAUAAUAAUGUUGUCUGCUCGCUUUUGCAUUCAUUGAUUGCACGGUUCUCUGAGCUGUGACCUCGAUCCAAAAAAUUAGAUGCGCCCUCCCCUUUCAGUGUCUGUUGUGACAUCACAGAAUUGCCAUAACAACAGACUAUGAUGUCAACGGACUGCCUGGUGCUGCGAUAAGGGACCACGCUGCUCAGAAGGGAUUCUGUCAUCCGAAGGCAGAAAUGGAAUAAUAUGGAAAGCCAGAGGAACUGAAAUUUGAUAUCAAAAAAGAACAAGUUGGCAGCAUAAGCUGACAGCGGGUCUGGAGCCUCCCUUGCUGGAGCCCUUUGUGAAGAGCCAGGGCACUUAAUGAGAUUGAUUGCAGAGUGAGCUUGCCUGGAGGCAGGGGGUUGGAAGAGAUGACCUUCAGAAGGCCCUUGCAGUCCCAGGACCCUGAGACACCGAGGGCAUUAGGGAAAGGGGAGAUCUGACUGUCUUCAGCCCCCGGAGAGUUCAGGGAACUUCAAGGCGAUGCAAACCUCCUUUGCCCCUGAGCAGAUCCAACAGUCGCCAGCUGGGAUUUAUCAUAUGGCAUCUGGGAAGAUUUUCAGAAGUAAACACACGGUGACCCCCUCUGAGCCCUGUUUGCUGCCCUCUUCCUCACAAGCUUUGGGAGGAAGCUUUCCUUCCAGUUCACCAGAGCAAAGAAGCCAGGUCCUUGCCACCAGCUCUGGCUCCCCGUGCCCCUCAGCUGGACCCCAAGCGGAGGGCAAGCCAGGCAGGGCUGGGUCCUAAGAGAGCACGUUGGGGGGGGGGGGGCGUUUGCUGGGCAGAAGCCCCCCUCGCUGUGCCCUGUCUGCGCCGAAGUCUGGGAAACUUAAUCUCAGCUUCUAGGCAGUGGCAGCAGCCGAGCCUGGAGCUUCUUCUAACCCUCGUGCCUGCGGGAUCAGAAGGGUCUCUGCGAGGCACGUGGAUUUCAGCCCAAGGGCCUGCGUUCGGGGCUGGGGGUCGGGAGGCAGGAAAGACCGUCUUCCUGCAGGCCACGCAGAUGGGAGUGUGGCCCCAGACGGCUCCGCCCGCCCGGCCACUCUGUGUCCUUAGCUCAGGGAGGUCGGACUACCUGGAACUUGUACACCUGCUCGGCGCCCGCCCGCCUCUGUUUCAGCGUUUUCUCCUCGGGGACCUGGACCGGGAGGAUAUCAUCCCUGCUCAUUUAUUCUGCCUCCAGCACUCAGACAGCAGCAUUCGGGCUGGAUGCUAGGAAGCCACGGGCCCCCCAGGGCACCUGGGCACCCCCUGCCACCACCCGGGGAGAGCCCCUCCCCCUCGCCUGGUGCCGGAGCCGGGAGGAGGGGGAGCCAGCCGCGCCUGCCUCGCGCCCUGAGCUGGCCACCGGGACCCGGAGGACUUACUUCUCAGAGGGAUGGUAGGAGCAGGGUGGCUGGCAGGUCCUCUGAGGCUGCCGAACAGGGGACAGAGCUGCCAAAAGGAUGUUGAAGUUUCGGGCUGAUCGGCGGGUCAGCCACAAUGAAAGACGGAACACAUUUCUGCACCCAGUGACUGGCCAGGUCCCAGAAGAAAACAAAAAAUUUAACUUGAAAACAUCGGCCUUGGACAUGUCCAAUAAAGCAGGUGGAAAACGCCCGGCUAUCACCAACAGCGACACAUCCAACCACAACAUGGUGUCCGAGGUCCCCCCAGAGCGGCCCAGCGUCCGGGCAACCCGAACAUCCCGCAAAGCCAUCGCUUUUGGGAAGCGCUCACACUCCAUGAAGCGGAACCUCAAUGCACCUGUCACCAAGGCGGGCUGGCUCUUCAAGCAGGCCAGCUCCGGGGUCAAGCAGUGGAACAAGCGCUGGUUCGUCCUGGUGGAUCGCUGUCUCUUCUACUAUAAAGAUGAGAAGGAGGAGAGCAUCCUGGGUAGCAUCCCGCUCCUGAGCUUCCGGGUGGCGGCAGUGCAGCCUUCGGACAACAUCAGCCGAAAACACACCUUUAAGGUGACCACGUGCUGGGUAGAUGAGGCCGGGGCCAGUUCCACGCACUGCCUCUCCCCACAGGCUGAGCACGCUGGGGUCCGCACCUACUUCUUCAGUGCCGAGAGCCCCGAGGAACAGGAGGCCUGGAUCCAGGCCAUGGGGGAGGCUGCCCGAGUACAGAUCCCCCCAGCCCAGAAGUCGGUGCCCCAAGCUGUGCGUCACAGUCUACCACCCCCUGCCCAGCUCGCUGCUGGGCUGGAGUCACUUACAACAUCUCCCUUGGCAUCCUGCAGCCAUGAGAAGCCAGACUCAGAGAACAUCCCUCCUAGCAAACACCACCACCAGCCGUCCCACAACAGCCUCCCCAAGCCCGAGCCAGAGGCCAAGACUCGAGGGGAGGGUGACGGCCGGGGCUGCGAGAAGGCAGAGCGGAAGCCCGAGAGGCCUGAAGUCAAGAGCGAGCCUCUGGUGAAAGCCAAUGGCAUCCAAGCCGGACCGGAACCAUCCUCGGAGCCGGGCAGCCCUUACCCCGAGGGCCCAAGGGUCCCAGGGGGAGGAGACCGGCCCGCCCAGCCCAAUGGCUGGCAGUAUAGCUCCCCGAGCCGGCCGGGGAGCACAGCUUUCCCGCCUCCGGACUCAGAGAGUGGGGGGCACCAGCGGAACUUCCCCCCACGUGCCAACCCCGACAAGAUUGCCCAGCGCAAGAGCUCCAUGAACCAGCUGCAACAGUGGGUGAACCUGCGCCGGGGGGUGGCGCCCCCUGAAGAUCUCCGGAGUCCCUCUAGGUUCUACCCCGUGUCCCGCAGGGUCCCUGAGUAUUAUGGCCCCUACUCCUCCCAGUACCCUGAUGAUUACCAGUACUACCCACCAGGGGUGCGGCCCGACAGCAUCUGCUCAAUGCCAGCCUAUGAUCGGAUCAGCCCACCCUGGGCCUUGGAGGACAAGCGUCACUCCUUCCGCAAUGGAGGCGGCCCUGCCUUCCAGCUUCGGGAGUGGAAGGAUCCUCCGGGCUACGGGCGGCAGGAUGGCACCAUCUGGCUCCCCGGCCCCUCCCCCUCCCGGCAGCCGGUCUAUUAUGAUGAGCUGGAUGCCACAUCCGGCUCCCUGCGCCGCCUGUCCCUGCAGCCCCGCUCCCACUCCGUGCCCCGCUCGCCCAGCCAGGGCUCCUACAGCCGCGCCCGCAUUUACUCCCCCGUCCGCUCACCCAGUGCCCGUUUUGAGCGCCUGCCACCUCGCAGCGAGGACAUCUAUGCUGACCCCGCUGCCUAUGUGAUGAGGCGAUCCGUCAGCUCCCCCAAGUAUGAUUACCUGGGAGACAGGCGGCCAGUCCCUGCAGGACUGUUCCCCUACAACUACCCACCAUCCCCCACGGCCCACGAUAAGAUGGAUGAACUUUUAGACCUUCAGUUGCAAAGAAACCUAGAGUAUUUGGAUCAGCAGGUCCCUCCGUACCCAGAAGUGUUCCGGGACGGCCUCCACACCUACAAGUUAAACGAGCAGGAUACAGAUAAGCUGCUGGGCAAACUGUGUGAACAGAACAAGGUGGUGAGGGAGCAGGACCGGCUAGUGCAGCAGCUCCGAGCUGAGAAGGAGAGCCUGGAAAGUGCCUUGAUGGGGACCCACCAGGAACUGGAGAUGUUUGGAAACCAGCCCGCCUACCCGGAGAAACUGCUGCGCAAAAAAGAGUCCCUGCAGAACCAGCUCAUCAACAUUCGGGUGGAGCUGUCACAGGCGACCACGGCCCUGACGAACAGCACCAUAGAGUAUGAGAACCUUGAAUCCGAGGUCUCUGCCCUGCACGACGACCUCUGGGAGCAGCUCAAUUUGGACGUCCAGAAUGAGGUACUCAACCGGCAAAUCCAGAAGGAAAUCUGGAGGAUCCAGGACGUGAUGGAGGGGCUGAGGAAAAACAACCCGUCCCGGGGCACGGACACGGCCAAGCACAGAGGAGGCCUUGGCCCCACCACCACCUACAGCUCCAAUAGCCCCGCCAGCCCUCUCAGCUCUGCCAGUCUCACCAGCCCCCUGAGCCCCUUUUCACUGGUGUCCGGCUCACAGGGGUCCCCCACGAAGCCCGGAUCCAGUGAGGAGCCCGGCCCGCCGCGGCCCCCCCUUCCCAAAGCCUACGUCCCCCUGGAGUCUCCUCCAAACGUGCCUCCACUCCCUAGCGAGAGCCGCUUUUGGCCGUACCCCAGCUCCCCUUCCUGGCACCGCCGUGGCGAGCCAGCCAGGGGUCAGCCCAAAGCAAGCUAUGAGCAAAGCAAGAAAGACCCCCACCAGACGUCACCCCUGGACACCGCCAGAGACAUCAACCUGGUGCCCACCAGGCAAGAGGCGGAGGCAGAGAAGCAGACAGCUCUCAACAAAGUUGGCAUUGUGCCCCCUCGGACGAAGUCGCCCACCGAUGAAGAGGUAACCCCGUCAAGGGUGGUGAGGAGGAGUGCCGAUGGGCUCACCAACGGACUCUCCUCCCGGCAGGAGCGCCCCAAGAGUGCCGUGUUCCCUGGCGAGGGCAAGGUCAAGAUGAGUGUGGAGGAGCAGAUCGACCGCAUGCGGAGGCACCAGAGCGGUUCUAUGAAGGAGAAGCGAAGGAGCCUGCAGCUCCCGGCCAGUCCGGCCCCCGACCCUGCUACGCGGCCCGCCUACAAAGUGGUGCGCCGUCACCGCAGCAUCCACGAGGUGGACAUCUCCAACCUGGAGGCGGCCCUGCGGGCAGAGGAGCCUGGCGGGCAGGCCUACGAGACGCCGAGGGAGGAGAUCGCCCGGCUCCGCAAAAUGGAGCUGGAGCCCCAGCACUAUGACGUGGACAUCAGUAAGGAGCUGUCCACGCCGGACAAAGUCCUCAUCCCUGAACGGUACAUUGACCUGGAGCCCGAUACUCCCCUGAGCCCCGAGGAGUUGAAGGAAAAGCAGAAGAAGGUGGAGAGGAUCAAGACGCUCAUUGCCAAGUCCAGUAUGCAGAACGUGGUGCCCGUCGGCGAGGGGGACCUUGUGGACGUGCCCCAGGACUCAGAGAGCCAGCUGCAGGAGCAGGAGAAGCGGAUUGAAAUCUCCUGUGCCCUGGCGACCGAGGCCUCCCGCAGGGGCCGCAUGCUGUCUGUGCAAUGUGCCACCCCAAGCCCUCCCACCUCCCCUGCUUCCCCGACUCCACCAGCCAACCCCCUAUCGUCUGAAUCCCCACGGGGCACCGACAGCAGCCAUACCAUGCGGGUCUGAGCUCUGACUGCAAGCCCUGGCCGAGGCCAACGCCGUGAAGCUGCACAGAGCCACGUUCUGAAGGCCGCCUCUGCCCCCCCGAGGUCCUGGUCCCCCACCCCGGCCCCCCCGCGCCUGCGCUCCCGUGGGAAUGCUGCAGGGAGCCAGGCUGGGGGCCGGGGUUGCCGCCGAGAGGAUGCCUCAGUGUCCACACGCCCGCCACGCCCAGCCCCGAAGCCCCUCGCUACUCAGAUGGUGGUCCUCGGCCAGGGCCUGAGAGGGCGGGCAGGGAGCACCCUCCUGUCUGGUGCCCAAGUCACAGGGAGCUAGGCCUGGCCCUGCCCGGGCUGGUGAUGGUCUUACUGGAACAUUUCCUGAUGAAGAGGAUGCCCUGGUGGGAGAGACGCCCUGGGCCGUCUUAGGUUAGGACUAGGGGAAGAUGGACACUCUGCCUCUUCUGGGCCCUCUUGACACCGAGGACGGCACCUGCCAUCAUGUCCUUCCCCCAUCAGCCCCACCCUACUGCCCCGGCUGCACCCAAGGCUUUGACACAUCUCUGCUUAUGGGUGCUCCUUUGGGGUCCAGUGGAGACUGACCACCCUGCUUGAGCCAAAGACAAGAUGACAAGACAUGGGGAGAGGCUCCUCGGCUCCCGGAGGGGACGGUGCUGGCUGUGGGUAGAGAGCAGCACGCAGGUCUGUGCAGCGUCUGAGGGCAGGUUGAGAAGGGGUAGAAGAGAGAAAGGGAGAGUUGGAGGCGAGUGGGAGGGAGGACAAGGAAGCAGCAGGAAUCGUUUGCAAGAAAAAGGACAAGGCAGAGAUGCAAAGAGGGGGUAUGGGAUUGGUUUCCCCAGGAUGGAGCCUUAGCUUCGUGCCAAGUACAGUGCCGGACUGUCAGCUCCGCUCCUCCACCGGGUGCCCCAGAUCCGCGGGCUGCCCGCACACUGGCUCCCGGAGGACCCACCAGCAAGCACGUGGGGGCCUGAGGCCGUGGGGACGAAGGUGUGGGGAUGCUGGUGUGGGUGAGCAGGUUGGAAGAUGGCUCUUUCUUAGGUCUGGGCCUAGCGUCUGCCUCCCCCUACUAGGCUCAGGGUCCGAGAGAAGGACCUGUCUUCUGUAGGGUGUAGUCAGCCUUGGGGCCUUUCCUAACCUUGUUCGGGACAUUUCCUUGUCCCCCUUCCCCUUGGAAUGGGCUGUGGGCCAGCUGAGCGAGUGCCCUGGAGAGGUAGCACAGCCUUAAUCUGGGAGGCCAGAUUCUAGGACCCCACCCCGCAUUCCAGGCGUCUGGAUGAGGCUGUAUGGAAGGACUCCCUUCCGGCCUGGCUGUCUCACAGUCCACCUACCCGGGGAGGCCAGUGGAGGAGACACAGAAGCAAAGCUCAUUCUUCCUCCUCUGCGGCUCGUCUUCGAGGACCGUAGCCAGAGAGGAGGGAGGGGAGAGAGUGAAGCUGGAAAAACCUCGGCCCCUGGGCCUUCUCUCUGCCAGAGCUGAUGCCCGGAGACUUCCCGAGAACGACUACUUUAUCUGCCGCCAACUCUUCUCCACCCCUUCACGGCUGGGACAGUUACUGGUUCAUAUGCAAGUAAAGAUGGCAGUUGAUUCAACAAAUAUUUAUCAAGCACCUUUUAUGUACCAGGCACUGUUCUAGGUGCUUAGGAUAUUCUCGUGCUUCUGCGGGAUUGCAGGCUGGGGAAUUUCACUUCACUUUUAGCAGAGGUGUUGACCGUGACCUUUGGCUACAGUUCCCAUCUUUAGCACAGCUCGAGCACCCCAAACCUGUUUUUUUUCCCCUCCCCUACACACUGGUGGGCGGGAUUGGCCCUCUCCCUCUUUCCGGCACCUUUCUCCACCCACAAGAAAUGGCUCUUUGGGGGCCUUCCAUGCCUUCUCCUUUCUUUGUCCGUCUCUCCUUUUUUAAAGUGGUAUUUUUAGAACUACAUGUAAAAUACCAAGGAUUAACGCCUGCCACCUCGCUCUCACCUCCCGUUUCAUAAAGCUGGCUCUUUAUGUUGCUUUACAUGCCUUAAUAUAUGUUUUAUGAAGAUUAUACAUAUUAUAGAUAUAUACAUAAUAUAUAUAUUUGUUUGGAUGUCUGGUCCUUUCCCAGAACUCCUGCCCAGGCCCAUUUUCUCCCCUUCACUUUCCACACCAUUCCUACCUAGCACGUUGUGGCCACACCCCAUGCCUUUUGAUCCAAAGAAGGGGAGAGGACAGACUUAUUUUAAGACAGAUCUAUUUUACGCUUUUAUUAUAAAAGCAAAUCUAUUUUCAAAAUGUGCAAUGUCUGAAUGGAAUUGGCCAAUGGUAGGAGGAGACUGGGGCAGCUGCCUCUAGGUCCGACCCUGUGU